GUUCAGUUUCCGAUCCAUUAAUCUUAUCGUGGGCUAUAGCUCUCCCCUCCACCAUCUAUCGUUGUCGCCGUCGAGUAGCCGGAAUCCAUGGCAGGGUUCAACCAUUGUUGAGGUUGAUCUGUAUAAGCUUCAGUGAAAGAUGCAGUUCUUUGGAGGAUCAGAGAUCAGCCCAUCGCCUCCUCUCCCAACAGCAUCAGGGAACAAUGCCCACAUGCUGUAUGUGUUCAAUAGAAACGGGGUGUGCCUACUUUACAGGGAAUGGAAUCGCCCCCUUAAGACACUAAACCCUCAGCAGGACCAUAAGCUCAUGUUUGGUCUACUCUUCUCUCUGAAAUCCUUAACAGCCAAGAUGGAUCCUACUAGCAUUGAAAAAGGAAAUCUUGGAAUUCCACAAUUACCUGGACAAGGGUGUUCCUUUCACAGUUUUCGCACAAAUACUUACAAACUAAGUUUCAUGGAGAGUCCAUCUGGAAUAAAGAUAAUCCUCGUCACACAUCCAAGGACUGGUGAUUUAAGGGACUCGUUGAAGUACAUUUACAACUUGUAUGUCGAAUAUGUUGUCAAGAAUCCGCUUUAUUCUCCUGGAAGUCCUAUUAAAUCUGAGCUAUUUAACAGUUCUCUAGAUCAGUAUGUCAGAGGUAUCGCAUGACGUAUCAUGAUUUUGUGACCGGACUCAAGAUGAUCUAUCACACUCUGCGCUUGGAUUAUCAGAAUUAUUUCUGUUUUUGGACAACAAAAUACAGUCUGGUUUGGUUUGUUAUUGUGACAUUGCUAAUAUGGUUUACUCCUCGUUGGUAUAAAACCUGAUGGUGAACGUUCAAGCUAAUAUAAUAUUUUUUUACACCGUACGUUUUUUUGCCUGUCAUCAAGUACAUUCACAGAAUCACAGUGGAAGUUGACAUCUUUUAUUCAAUUUUUUUGGAAAGACUUCUAUUCAA